AUCAAAUUAACUGUUUAUGCUUUUGCAUUUCUACUCUUCAAUUGGAAAAUUAAGAUUAAUUGUUGUUUUUUUUUCUCCAUUUAAUUAAUUGUUCCAUUACCAUCUACAUCUUUGUUAACUAUUCCUUUCAAUUCCUUUUAAAUUCUUUCAUCUCUAAUAUAUUUCUCUUUUCGUCUCACUUUGUAUAUUUUCCAAUCUCUCUUUUUUUUUAUCUCUUUUUUUGCUCUUCUAUUUUACCUAUUGUGUGUUUGGUAUCAUGUUGGUAACAUAUUCAUAUGGUUUAACAAGGUUCCUCGAGGAAAAUAGUUACACUGUGUGACCAUGAAUUGGUGAAAAUAUCUAUCCAUUUGUAUAUUAUAAUUGUGUUUAAUUGCCAAUGUCAAUCUUGACCUUAUUCUUGUCACCAAAUUGAUUUCCAUUCACCAGCUAUAAUUACUUCUUCCAAUUUGAUUACAUUAAAUUGACGUAAUUGAAAAUUCUCGGUGCAAAGAAAAAACGAAAAAAAAUUCUAUUCUUUUUUCUUGUUUACCCAAUGUGAUUGACCUUUUCUCGGUUGUUUAUUUCUUUUGUUUUAAAAAGGAAGUAGAGAGACAAACAUAGAGAGAGAUGGGCCUGUGUAUUUGUCGAGAUUGGUUGAUUAAAAAACGAAGCUCAUUCUCUUCUGAAAGAGAUUUAGAAGAUGAUUAUUCCACAAACGGUUCUCGAGUUCGUCGAGAUAGUAACGAAGGAGGUGAUGGUUCUAUUAUUAAUUCCACUCAUCAUCAUCAUCAUCGACGGCAUCAUCGUCGUCAUACCGAACGCACUAGUGAUCAUGUUAUCGAUCACCUUAUACUAGAUACUCCAAAUAUGAUCAGAACUUACCUAGAAUUUGGAACUCAAUUACCUCCUUCAAUGAUACUAAUUCAUUCAUUCGCAGAAACCGAACGAGGUUGGAUCUAUGUAAUUAAAUCGAUGAUUAAAAAUAUUCCCAUAGAAAAUCCUCUUGGAUCAGCAGCGAUUUUACUCCUUCUAGAUGAAUGUCCACUUCCUACCAAGGAAUCUAUUAUUAAAUUGACGAGUGUAUUAAAUUUAAAGAAUUCAUCAAUUAAAUCAAAUAAAACACUAACCCGCCAUCGUAAUAUUUGCGUUAUGCUUGGAUCGUUGGCCGAAAGACUUGCUGGUCCAAAUAGUAUCGCCAUUCUAACUCCAACCGUCUUAAAGUAUCUCAUCAAUAAUCUUAAUCCGAAAAAUCAUCCGUUAAUCAUCCUCUUCUCUUUAAUUGCUUUGGAAAAAUUUGCUCAAACCAGUGAAAAUAAGCUUACAAUCCAUAACAAAAUCCAAUCUCUACCAGAUAAUCCACUCUUGGUACUAGAGAAAUGGACAGAUGACCCUAACUUUGAUCGCCAACAAGUUGGUUUUUGUGCCCAAUGGUCACUGGAUAAUAUUUUUAUCCAAGAUGAUCGACCUUUUGCUUACGAAAAUAUUGAUAGAAAAAAUCUCAAUGUUCUAUUAAAUUCAAAGGAUACAAGUGAAUAUUUAAAGAUCUCACCUAAUGGACUAAUUGCUCGAUGUGAUUCAGCUUCAUUUGAAAGUGUUCGUUGUACAUUUCAAGCGGACGAAGGAGUUUGGUACUAUGAGGUUACCCUUGUCACCAGCGGUGUCAUGCAAAUUGGAUUUGCUACCAAAAAUAGUAGAUUCCUUAAUCAUGAAGGUCAUGGUAUCGGUGAUGAUGAAUAUUCACUUGCCUAUGAUGGUUGUAGACAAUUAAUUUGGCACAAUGCUCAUCCCUAUCAAUCUAAAUACGGCUCUUGGAAACAAGGUGAUACAAUCGGUUGUCUAUUAGAUUUGGAUAAUCAACGGAUUAUAUUUUCUCUAAAUGGUGUCCCAAAGCCUCCAUGUACUCAGGUUUUUCAAAAUGCAACGAAAGGUUUCUUUGCUGCGGCGAGUCUAAUGUCAUUCCAAGAGUGUAUUUUUAAUUUUGGUCGUGAACCUUUCAAAUAUCCUCCGAUUGGUGUUAAAUUUAAGUGUUUCAACGAUCAUGCCAAUCCAACGGAAGAAGAGAAAAUCAUUUAUCCAAGAUUUUUAAUCUUACGAAAUCUACACAAAAGUUCAUUGCGUGAAGAUUGUUGCACUUUGUGCUGUGAAAAUGUGGCCGAUAUCAUGUUACUUCCGUGUAAACAUGACGGGUUUUGUUUUACCUGUGCAAAUAUAUUAGAAUUUUGUCCAAUGUGCCGAUCAGAUAUUCAAGAACGAGUCCAACAAGAGAUUGUUGAUUCAACAAUAAUCGAUGAUAAAGAAGAGAAAUUAGAUGAACCAGUGGAAAUUGAUGAUUCUAAUCAAAAGAAAUUAGGAUUACAUAAUAAUACAAUAAUGACCUUACAACAAACUGUCCCAUGAAAUAUUCAUCUCAUGAUUCAUGAAGCUUUUGGUCAAUUCAUUUGAUUUCAGAGGAAAAGUUCCAUUUUCAACCUGACUGACGCACUUUUUUCACCAGUAAAUCAAUACCAAUCAUCAUCAGAAGAAGAAGAAAAAACAAAAAUAAAGUGACCAACGAUUGAGAAAAAUGAUCAUAUA